CUAACUUGUGGAUAACACGUUAAGACGUCGUCGAGAACGGACGUCACUAUCGCUGAAAAGUCUUUUGAACGUUUUAAGUUAUUAAAAUUGUGUGUUCUGUGCAGAAACUUGAAUGGUAUAAAACUUUGUUGUGACCAACAGUGUUUAGUUCUGAAGAUAAACAAGUAGAUACUACAGGUCCAAGCCGCAUGGAUAACUCUGUGUAAAACCCACUUGACAUAAAUGUGGCGACGCGACCUGAAUGAUCAUCACAUCGAGUGCUCCACCCAUUAAACAGCUAGUAUGGUGGUGGUGCUGAACGGUGUUUUGGCGGACGACUGCCCUACAUCAGUGCGGGCGCUGCUAGCCGCACAUCCCGGCUACAGGGACGCGGCCGCGCAGCUGCUUGCUGCCGCGCCCAGAGUGGUCGGCCCGCAGGGGCUUCUGUAUGUCGCCCAAAGGGAACUCGCCGCAGCUGUGCCACAUGACAAAAACGUCAGUAUCAUAGGCUCUGACGACGCCACAUCAUGUAUUAUAGUAGUCGUGAGACAUUCAGGGUCUGGUGCGGUGGCGCUGGCGCACCUGGAUGGGUCAGGCACGGAUGAGGCAGCAGCUGCUCUGGUUGCGCGGGCGCUGCACCUCGCUGCCGGUUACCCGGAAGGCCGGCUGGAGCUGCAGCUAGUCGGCGGUUUUACUGACCCACAUAGAUACUCCGAUGAUCUAUUCGCCAAUAUUAUGCUAUCAUUCCACCGUUUGUCCGAGGAGAUCGACCUGACGAUGGCAUGUUGCUGUGAACUGAAUACUGCGCUGGGCGGGGGCGCGGGCUCGCCCCUUGUGACUGGUGUUGGUGUGGACGUUCGCGCCGGAGACCUCUUCCCCGCCACAUUCCCUGACAAGGGCCCCGAGAUGCCGCUACGAGCUGCUAGGACUAUCACUGGAGGCCCUAACUCUGCACAAGUGUUGGACAUCUACGACAACGGUGUGGGCAUGUUGCGCAUCGGGCCGUUCAACUACGACCCUCUGCGCGGAGUGGACCUCUGGCUGGAGCAGACUGACGACUUCAUACUGAAGCAUCUCAGCACCACGCCCAACGCGGAGCCGCCGCAUUUCGUGCACCAUAUCCGUGUGACGCUAAAGUUCAUCCAGACGCACCCGUUCCCCGCGGUGACCGUGUUCCCGGACAACCGGCCGCACUUCUACCGCCGCGACGAGCACACCGGCCUCUGGGUCUCUAUGCGCUUCUAAUUGCACCUGUCACACAACUGUCAUACACCUGU